AUGACGGCCACACGGAUUGACGGCACGGCCAUUGCCAAGAAGAUCCGGGAAGGUCUCCAUGCCCAAAUCCAGGAGGCGCAGAAGGCCAACCCUAAAUUCCAGCCAUGCCUGAAGAUCAUUCAGGUGGCCGACCGAUCGGAUUCUACCACUUAUGUGCGGAUGAAGCUCAAGGCCGCUCAAGAGGCCGGUAUCAGCUGUGAUCUUAUCCACUUGCCCGAGAGCAUUACCGAGGCCGAGCUCCUCGAUCAGAUCGGCCAGCUCAACGACGAUCCGUCAGUUCAUGGCAUCCUUGUCCAGCUUCCGCUGCCGGCUCACCUCUCUGAAUACACUGUCACUUCGGCAGUGGCCGACGAGAAGGAUGUCGACGGCUUCGGUACCCACAACAUCGGCGAACUCGCCAAGCGCGGAGGCCGCCCAUCCUUCGUCCCAUGCACCCCUAAAGGAGUUAUGGUCCUUUUGAAGGAAGCAGGAGUUGAUCUGCGAGGCAAGAACGCUGUGGUUAUGGGCCGGAGCGACAUCGUCGGCAGCCCGGUCAGCUAUCUCCUCAAGAAUGCCGAUGCUACGGUGACCGUAUGCCACUCUCGCACCACAGAUCUUGAUGUCCAUCUCAAGAAUGCCGACGUUGUUGUUGCCGCCAUCGGGCAGCCUGCCUUCAUCCGUGGCGAGUGGCUGAAGCCUGGUGUCGUUGUGAUCGAUGUUGGCACCAACUACAUUCCGGACUCGACGAGGAAGUCCGGCCAACGUCUCGUCGGAGACGUUGACUACGAAUCUGCCUCACAGGUAGCAUCCUUCAUCACGCCUGUUCCUGGAGGUGUUGGUCCCAUGACCGUCGCCAUGCUUCUGCAGAACGUCGUUGAUUCAACGAAUCAAUACUUUGAGCGGCAAAGGAAUCGUCACAUCAUCCCCAGUCCCAUCAAGUUGCAAGUACCCGUGCCCUCGGACAUUGCCGUCUCAAGAGCCCAGGUUCCCAAGCAGAUCACCCGCAUUGCCCGCGAAAUCGGCAUCGCUGGUGCUGAGAUCGAGCCCUACGGCGCAUACAAGGCAAAGGUUCACCUUAGCCUGCUCAAGCGUCUAGAACACAGGCGAAAUGGCCGCUAUGUCGUGGUCACUGGUAUCACUCCCACCCCGUUGGGUGAGGGCAAGUCCACCACGACUAUGGGCCUUGCCCAGGCUCUAGGCGCUCACCUAGGCCGUCUCACCUUUGCAAACGUCAGACAACCCAGCCAAGGGCCGACUUUUGGCAUCAAGGGUGGUGCUGCUGGCGGUGGCUACAGUCAGGUCAUCCCUAUGGACGAGUUCAACAUGCACCUCACGGGAGACAUCCACGCUAUCACGGCUGCCAACAAUCUGCUCGCUGCUGCCAUCGAGACGCGCAUGUUCCACGAGAACACUCAGAAAGAUGGCCCUCUGUACAGACGGCUAGUGCCUGCAAAGAAUGGGCAGCGUGUGUUUGCUCCUGUAAUGUUCCGCCGCCUGAAGAAGCUCGGCAUUGACAAGACGAACCCGGAUGAUCUGACCGAGGACGAGAUCCACCGAUUCGCCCGCCUGGACAUCGACCCGGAAACCAUUACCUGGCGAAGAGUAUUGGAUGUUAAUGACAGACACCUGCGAGGCAUCACUGUUGGUGUUGCUCCUACUGAGAAGGGGCAGAUCCGCCAGACGGGGUUCGAUAUCUCGGUUGCCAGUGAGUGUAUGGCCAUUCUGGCUUUGAGCACAGACCUGGCAGAUAUGCGAGAGAGGCUUGGAAGGAUGGUUGUUGCUACCUCCAGAAACGGCGACCCUGUCACUUGUGACGAUAUUGGAGCCGGCGGCGCGCUGACUGCCUUGAUGAAGGACGCCAUCAAGCCCAACCUCAUGCAGUCCCUGGAGGGGACUCCUGUCUUUGUCCAUGCCGGGCCUUUUGCCAACAUCAGCAUUGGAAACAGCUCUAUCCUCGCGGAUAAGAUGGCUCUAAAGCUGACUGGUACCGAGCCUGAUGAGGACCACUCAUCCAAGGCUGGGUUCGUUGUCACUGAAGCUGGCUUCGACUUCACGAUGGGUGGCGAGCGUUUCUUCAACAUCAAGUGCCGUACUUCGGGACUCUCCCCCGAUGUCGUGGUCAUCGUUGCCACCGUCCGCGCCCUGAAGGUGCACGGUGGUGGUCCACCCAUCGCCCCGGGUGCACCGCUCAGCCCGGUGUACAAGGAGGAGAACGUCGACAUUCUCCGUGCCGGCUGCGUCAACCUGCGCAAGCAGAUCGCCAACGCCAAGAGCUAUGGCAUCCCGGUUGUUGUGGCCAUCAACAAGUUCGCUACUGACACCGAGGCCGAGAUCGCAGUCAUCCGAGAGGAGGCUAUCGCUGCAGGUGCUGAGGAUGCCAUCCUAGCGAAUCAUUGGGCCGAGGGUGGCAAGGGCGCUGUUGAGCUGGCCAAGGGUGUCAUCGCUGCCAGCGAGAAGCCCAAGGAACUCAAGCUACUGUACAAGACCGAGGGCAACACUGUCAAGGAGCGCAUCGAGGCCAUCGCGCGGGAGAUGUACGGUGCCGCUGCCGUGGAGCUGAGCCCCCUUGCCGAACGCAAGGUCGAGACCUACACCAACCAGGGCUUCGGACACCUGCCGAUCUGCAUCGCCAAGACGCAGUACUCGCUGUCUCACGACCCGGAGCUCAAGGGCGCGCCGACGGGCUUCACGGUGCCCAUUCGCGACGUCCGCAUGGCGGCCGGCGCUGGCUACCUGUACGCCUUGGCGGCUGAUAUCCAGACCAUUCCCGGCUUGCCCACGGCGCCUGGCUACCUGAACGUGGACGUCGAUCUUGAGACCGGCGAGAUUGAUGGCCUCCUAGGUAGCACUGGGUUUACGUUCAAGCUGAACCAAUAUAUCGCCGUAAAGAAGGUCCGCCCUGGCCGAGAUCGCAACCUGGCCAACGAACGAACUAUUUUCGACAUCCUUGAGCGCCACCCUCCGUCGCCGUAUAUUGUCCGGAGCCUCUACCGCACCGAGGACGCGAUCUUCUUGGAGUAUGCCACGAACGGGGAUCCUGCAUCCCUUCUCAGGGAAGAACAGCAAAGAGACGAGUCAUCCCGGCGAGUGAUGGGGGUUACGAGGAGACAACCCCUAGAGCGUUGCUUCCGUUGGAUGAAGCAGCUGGGCGCUGCUGCCGCUUGGCUUGAAGAGCUUGGUCUGGCCCACUGCGACAUUCGUCCUGGGAACAUGCUCUUGUAUCCCGCCGGACACGUGAAGCUGGCAGACUUUGACCGUACGCUCAAGACGGGAGAGGAUAUGUUGUCUGGAACGGAGCCAUUCGCCAGACUUCUCGGCGACGAGGGCGGCGCAGAUCGCGGGACGUAUGGAAAGGCUGGCUGCCGGACGGAACAGUUCGCCAUCGGAUCGGUCUUCUACUCAUUGACUCGCGGCUACGACCCGUUUGAGGACCAGUGGUGGGGUCGGGAUCACGGCCCGAUUCGUAUGCAGAAGCUACAGAGGAUGGAAUUUCCCCGGAUAGGCCACUUGGGGUGUGAUGGCGUCAUAUGGAGUUGCUGGCAUGGCCGAUACAAGUCCAUCGCAGAACUUGCUGCUGACGUUGCCGCUGUGGAUGGAGAUGCCUGGAGGGUCACUGGCGAGGAGGAUCCUCUUUGGAUCAAGGCAAGAAUUCACGAGUCCGAGACCAUUGCCCAAAGCGGGAUGCUGGAGGAGUUGAUGACCUGCUAG